CUAGACCAUCACGAGCGCGGCUUUCGCCACUCAAAACUCGGGUCAGUACCAGCUCUCUUUCUCUAGGAAUGUCUUCCUCUCAUAACAUCAUCUUUGACAACAUCGACGAUGGUGCCGGCGACCACCCACUCACACCAAUGCUCGACCGCAUCAUCCUCAGCCUGGCGGAUCACUUCAAAGUGAAGCACUCCACCCUUCCGCACGACUUGUGGAGGGAGCAAAGCCUCUUCUACGAGACAGACUCGCGUCCUCCCGUCCUUUCCGAGGCCACUCUCGAGAUCGUUCUACCAGACGCGCGCGCUGGAGCCUCGCAUCCGACACACUUCGCGAUCGAUGUCCUCACGAAAGAAGUCAGCGAGACCUUCACAGAUGGUGACGACUUUGCUGCGCCCGGCGGGGCUCAAAAGGCUCUCGAUGAUGUCAAGAAGUGGCUAGACGCGAAGAUACAGAGCGAUUGGGAGGAAUUUUGCGAGCGGGAUCGGAGGGGACAGGAGGAACAAGAGAAGCGGAUGCAGGAUUUCAUCGUCAAGCUGGUCAACUUGGGAUACAUGGACCCAGCAGAAAAACGCCCUCAAGCGAGUCUCAAUUGCCCUCUUUGCGCUCUUCAGCUGGUAGAUUGUGUGAGUUGCAGCAUAAUCGCUUGCACUAGCCGAACCUGCAAAGCCGCAAAGAUUGACGAGAUCGAGGUGUGCGGAGCGCAUCGGGACGUCUUCUGCUGCAAAUCAUGUCUAGAAACCAACGAUCCGACCAUCAGCCAUCUUGCUCAGUGCCCCAACUGCGUGGCUUGGUUUUCCUCCAACGAACUUUCGUGGUGCAUUGGCCGCCCUCAUCCCACUCUCAAAAAUCGGCGUCUGCACCCUCCAAAGGCUCUCGCUUGUGGCGAAUGUCGGCCCCUCAUACGACGAGCCCGAGGAUUGAACAAAUGCUCCGCGUUCAAAUGCUGGUCUUCUCGUGGUUUUGGCUCCUCAUCCAACUCGUUCGAGCACGUCAUCGCUCUGUCCUCCGCUAUCUGCGCAGACUGCUCUGAAGGCGGUGUCUCGUGUCACGGCUGCGACAACAGCUGGCACUGCCCGUCCUGCGCCCCCGCAACCUCAGACCUGCUGGCAUGCCCGAGGUGCGGGUCCUUCUCCUGUAGGAGUCCGGAGUGCAUCGGUGUCACCGAGUGCGUUCGGUGCCGCACGUCCACGCUCUGCGGGGACUGCGUUGAAGAAGACGGAGAGCGCUGCGGGGCCGCGGUCAUCGCAUACCUCUGUGAGCGGUGUGGCCUACCGACAUGCACCGGCUGUUUUGACGCGAAACGGAGCAAAUGCAGAGGGUGCAGGAAAACGGUCUGUGCCACGUGUAUCGAGAAGUGCCCGGGCGAAGGUUGUCGGCUGUGGUGGUGCGAUGCGUGUUUCCGACGUCGCGGUGCGUACCGGUCUUGCAAGACGUGCGGCUAUGUUCGUCCCAAGACCCCGGAGUUACAGGAUUCGGAUAGUGAUAUGACUGGGUCCUCCGAGUCCGGGUGAAACGACACUGAACUUGAAGGAUACGGAGUAGCCCCAAACUUCGCAAUUGGCAUUGUUUGUUACUAAAUUCUAAGCAGCCAUUGUCUUGUUUAUCGUUGAAAUUUGGUAGCAAUUCUCGCUCUUUCUGUUGCUCUUCAUUCGAAAGCAUACAUCAGGUUUGGAAACUUAUGAUGUAGCAACAGCUUCUCCUUCAUCGCACCUCUCGACGUCAAAGC